AACUGCUAAUCUGCUCAGACAAGAGCAGGCUUUAGUGAAAUUUGCUGGGAUGUAGUUAUAAGUUAUUCUUUCACAUGUAUAAAACCACCCCUGUGGCAAUGUAAUGUGACAAUAGCUAUAAGUGAUCUUUUGUUCUCUGGGGUGCUUCAUUUCAUUCACCCACUUAACUUUUAGACAUUGGAAAGUACAAUUUUUGUACUUAGCACCUUGGGUCUCAUUUGACAUAACCACCCGAGGGGUAUAUCGCUUAAUAGCAUUCUUUGGUUUGCAACAGGUUGCUUGUCCCCAAUUAUAACUAUCAGCAUAGCUAAGAACGUUUUCCAGGAUGUUUUUAAAUAUAGUAUAUGGUCUAGUACCUUCAAGUGGGGCACACACUGGAAUCGAACAAUUCCCAAGCACAUAAUGAAAGUUUACAUCAACAUUUAAACAGAUUUCAGUCAAAUUUAAGGACUCAGCUAGGUGCACCCAGACAUUUUUAGUAUGACCUAAGCUUCCUUUGGGCAGCGCUGUCACUGUCCCAGAGAAAAUCACCCAGAAUAUGAUGUAUGUCCAUUUGAGCGAAGUUUUACCCUCAGGUCCCCAGGUUUGCUGAUAAAGCUCCAUUUCUCGUGCAUCUCUGGACUGCCAUCAAGUCCGGGCUUGAGGUGAUUUCAGUGGAUCUACAUUGGUGCCCGGUGACUUUCACAGCAAAAGGUGUAGACAGGAUAACCGGGAAAGGCCCCUUCCACCAUGGUUCCAAGGUGUUGGAAUCAAACCUGCGAAUAUAAACCAGUUUUCCUAGCUUAUAGGGCAGUGGCUGAAAGGGUUUUUCAUGUGGGAGGCUCAGAGAUGUUCUGACCCGGUUUUGUAACUGAGGCUGUAUUUCAUGUAAAGCUCUCAGAGACUUGAGCAGCCUCAGAUGGGAAAACUUCUCUUUUAAUUCUAUAUGUGAGGAAGCAGGGGAGGAGUACGCCCGUAGAUGAUUUGGAAAGGUAACAGGUUUAGAGGGGACUUGGGAGUACAUCGGAUACAUAACAGAGCAAAAGGGAGAAGCUCCACCCAACUCAAUUCAGUCUCCAGGCUCAAUUUAGUUAGGAUCUCCUUUAAAGUUCGGUUAGCCCUUUCCACCUGUCCUGAACUUUGAGGCCUGUAAGCACAAUGUAAAUUCCAGUUGAUUCCAAUAAUGUGACUCAUCAAUUUAGAUAUUGUAGCCAUGAAGGCUGGACCAUUGUCGGACCCCAGGGCUAAGGGCAAGUCAAAUCGAGGAACUAUUUCAGUUAGGAGCUUUUUACUGUUACCUCAGCUGUUUCCUUUUUAGUGGGAUAUGCCUCUACCCACCCUGAGAAUGUGUCUAUGAAAACUAGUGUAUAUUUAUAGCCAUACAUGCCUGUUUUUAUUUCGGCGAAGUCCAGUUCCCAAUGUUCUCCCGGAGUCAGUCCUCUAUAUCCGACCCCUGGGGGCCCAGCCACCUGAUUUGCGUUUACCUUAAGGCAGGUUGGGCACCGUCUCACCCUGUCCCGAGCUUUCUGAGCUAAUCUGCUGACAAAGUGGGGCUGUAGGACGGUCAUCAUCCUCUUUUCCCCCAGAUGAGUGGAUUCAUGGAGCUCACUCAGCAAAGUGUCGGCCACAGCAGCGGGCAACACGAUUUUUCCCUCUUCAGUUGUCCACCAUGCAUGCUUUCCCUUUGUCCAGUGGCUCUUGCUCAUCUCUGUUAUGUCUUCACCGUGUAUUCAGGCCUCUCUGGGAGCAAGGGUGUCGGCAGCAGCACCAAUUGUUUCCCCACUGAUUUUGGGCAGCCUGCUUCCCUGCCUGGUCAGCUGCAUUGUUUCCAAUCGCUUCAGGACUGGAUCCCUUCUGAUGUCCCCAACAGUGGAUGAUGCCAACCUCUCUCGGUAGCCAGAUGGCUUGCAGUAGAGCCAGUAUCUCCAUUUUAUUUUUAAUUUCUUUUCCCUCUGAUGUCAGAAGUCCUCUAUUCUGGUAAAUCUCUCCAUACACGCGGGUGGUAGCAAAAGCAUAAGGACUGUCAGUAAAGAUAUUUAUCCUUUUUCCUUUUCCCAUUCUAGUGCUCUCGUUAAAACAAUCAGUUCAGCCUUCUGUGCUGAUGUCCCUUGAGGCAGCCCUUGUUCCCAUACUACCUGUUGAUUUUGAUUUACUAUUGCUGCUCCAGCAUAUCAUACACCUUCACAUAUGAAACUGCUCCCAUCGGUGUAGUAUGUUGCCUCAGGCUGGGAAAGGGCUGGGUUUGUCAGAUCUGGCCUUCCUCCCCAUAGGUAUUCAAGAGUCUACAGGCAAUCAUGGAUGGACAUUUGGUCGUCUGACUCAGGGAGCAAACGCAGGAUUCAGGUUAGAUGUUGCGGCAAAUUUAAUGUGUAGCUGUUCUAGCGAGAGUCCCUGGUACUGCAACAAUCUAGCAUUGGACAGCCACCUACUGAGUGAAUUGUGCAACAGGGGCUCAAUGGCAUGCGGAGUGAUCAAAGUUAAGUCUUGGCCGAAAGUCAGUUUGUCAGCUUCCCGAGUUAAGGCAGCAGCUGUGACCACCGUCCUUAAACAAGAGGGCCACCCUCUGGCCACUGGGUCAAGUCUUUUGGAGAGAUAAGCUAUAGGCCACUUCCAAGGCCCAAGGUUUGCCUGAUCACUCCUUUUGCCACCCCACUUUUCUCUGCUACAUACAAGGUGAAAGGUUUAUUCAAAUCAGGCGGGGCUAAGGCUGGUGCUAUGGUACGUGCAGUCUUGAGCAUCUGGAACGCUUGCUGGCAAGCCUCUGUCCAUUCGAGGGGCAUAUUUCCCCCCGCCGUAGCCUCAUGCAGGGGCUUGGCAAUCUCAGCAAAACUAGGAAUCCAGAUUCUGCAAUAUCCUAUGGGCCCCAGGAACUUGCACACUUGUUUCUUUGAGCUGAGUGUGGGCAUCUGGAGGAUCUCUGACACCCUGGAUUCUGCCCACUUUCUCUUUCCAUUUUCAAUAAUGUAGCCCAAGUAAGUUACCUUGGUCAUGUAGAGCCGAGCUUUCUUCCAGGACACUCAAUAUCCCCGGUUUUGUAGGGCUUCCAGGAGGCCCUCGGUGGCUGCAAGACAUUCCUCUUCGGUUGAAGUCACCACCAAGAGGUCAUCUACAUACUGGAGAACAGUUGCAUAGGGGAAAGCUCUCCUUACCUCUUGGAGAUCUCUGCUGAGAGCUUCCCCAAACAGGGUGGGGGAGUUCUUGAAGCCUUGUGGCAAUCGAGUCCAUGUCAGUUGUCCAGUAGUUCCAGUGUCCAGGUCCGUCCAUUCGAAAGCAAAAAGGGGCUGGCUCACCGGUGCGAGAGGCAGGCUGAAAAAUGCAUCUUUGAGAUCAAGGACUGAGUACCAUACAUGUGCAGGUGGAAUGAGACUCAGCAGUGUGUAGGGGUUCGGUACCGUAAGGUGGAUGGUCUCCACCCGGCUGUUUACCUCCCGCAAGUCCUGUACCGGCCUGUAGUCUGAGGUGCCAGGUUUUUUUACAGGCAACAGGGGUGUGUUCCAAGCUGACUGACAUGGAACCAAUAUCCCGGCUUCCAGGAGCUGGUGGAUGUGUUUGGAUAUUUUUAUCUUAGCUUCCAGAUGAAGUGGGUAUUGUCGGACCUGGACAGGGGUGGCGGAGGCUAACAAUUGGACUACUAUUGGGACUUGGUAUUUUGCCAGCCCUGGUAGGUUUGUUUCAGCCCAUACCUGAGGAAAUUUUUCCCGUAGAUAGUCCCCUUUUUGCUCCGGAGGUUUUUCUUCUCCUCCGAUUAGUUUGAAUUCCUCUUCCAAAGGGACUGUCACCAUGAUAACGGGUGGCAACCUCAGUUCUAAGUUUCCCUCAUUGGUUUAAAAGAAAUGACAGCCCCUAAUUUUCUCAAUAAAUCUCUCCCCAGCAAGGGCUAGGGACACUCAGGAAUGACCAAGAAAGAGUGGGUUCCAGUACCUUUUCCCAGGUUUACAGGUUAGCGUUGUCCAGGGAUAAGAGGCAGGUUGUCCAGUAGCUCCAGUAAUGGUAGACUUCAUGGAGGAAAGCGCCCCAGGAGGAGCUUUGAGGACUGAGUGGGCCGCUCCAGUGUCUACGAGAAACUCAACAUCUGUUCCUCCUAUUCACACACUUACCAAAGGUUCAUCGGGAUUAAGCGGCCAUGAGCCCUGGCCCCUGCGAAAAAGACUCCUUCCUUUUUCUGUUCCAGUUUUUUUUCUUGUGCCUUUUUCUUUUUCCAUUUUUCACAAUCCUUCCUAUAAUGCCCCUUUGCAAUAUGCACAUUGAUCUCUAUCCACAAGAAGCCAUCUCUUUUCCCUAGUUCCCUUUUCAUUUCCCUCCCCUUUGACACAAAUCCUUCUUCUACUAAUGCCAUUACACUUGCCUUUCCCAUCUUUUUAACCUUUUAACCUUCAGGUGUAUCCCUUUUUGUGAACACUUUCAUAGCUAUGCUUAUCAAUUUUUCUCUAUUUUCUCCCUGAAAACCCUCAGUUCUCUGCAGUUUCCUUUGAAUAUCUGGGGCCGACUGGGACACAAAGGCCAAAUUAAUCGCCCACCUGUUUGCUGGAGCGUCUGGGUCAAUUGGCGUGUACGUGCGGUCCGCCUCCAGCAACCACUCUAGGAAGGCAGAGGGGGAUUCCUCAGGCCCUUGAAGGACCUCGCUUACCUUGCUCAAAUUAGUAGGCUUGCGAGCAGCUCCCCUAAGGCCUUCAGGAGAUGCUGACGGUAGUUGUGAAGAAGCUUCCCUACCUCCCGUGGAGUUCGGUUGCCACUGGGGACGGGUGGAGGGGAGUUGUGCUUCAAUUCGGGCCCGAUGUUGGUCAUCAGUGGGUCCCUCAGUUCCCCGCAGCACCGACCGAACAGCGUGUCCUCUGAUUCUUUCUCGCUCUUCAGGUGUGAACAGAGCCUGUAAAAGUUCCUGGCAGUCAUCCCAGGUGGGGUCAUGGGUGUUAAACACAGAGUCAAGAAGGGAAAUGAGGGCCUGCGGCUUCUCAGAGAACGGGGAUUCUGGUGCUUCCAGUUAUAUAAAUCACUUGUAGAGAAAGGAAUGUACACAUAGUGACCCUGUUCUGUUUCCCUCAGCGGGAGCACAGGGAGCAGAUCCGGCCUCCCCGGGGGUGCCUCCUGGGGUACAUAGGCAGAGCCCCCUCGGGUGCAGGAAGGAGAGGUCGUGGAAUCUGGGACCUCCCCAUCCUUUGGAAGGGAUUGGUAAAUGGACUUAACUCCCAUCUCCCCAGAGGAUGACUUUGCAUAUGGAGGGGGUCCUAACCUGGGGUCAGUAGUCUCUAAGGGGUCCGGCUCCUGGGAGAAGACCGGCCUGGGUACCUGCCACUUUAAGGACUUUAUCGCAUUUGGCGCCAUUACCGGAAUACGAGAACUGGUGCGCAGGGAGCAGCGCUGCCACCAUGCCCGAGGCUUCUCACAGGCUCGGACCCAGAUGUUAAUAUAAGGGAAUUGGUCGGGGUGGCUAGGGCGUCCAGUAACCUUUGCCCAUACCGCCUGGCAGAAUUGUGGUUCGAAAGAACCUUCCACUGGCCAACCUACUCCGAAUGCUUGCCAUUCCAGUUUGCAGAGGGUUCGGGAAAACUUCAUUCCAUAUUCAUCUUCCUGCUCAGGAGAAAAAAAGUUUAAAAUUAGUGAGAAAACAGUCCAACGGGGUGUUCUUGGAACUGGAUCCUCCCAUCUUGUCCCUAGGAAUGAAUGCAAGGUUAACACUCAACAGACAGGACACAGACAAAACAAACAGGCGCCACAAAAAAAAGCUUUCAUUCUACUCAGAAAUCCUCAUCAGGGCUGGGGUCAGGGGAGGCUUCCCGGCUCAUCAGCCACCUCGAUCCUGACAAAUAGAUGGUUGCAAUUGGUCGAAAGCUUUCCUCUGGAGGCUUUUCAGGUGUAUGUUCGAGAAUCUCUUGCCAGAUCUGCUACAGAGAAAUCUCAGCCAGAUUUACCCUUCCCACCUGGGGAUCUUGCUGGGGCCUCUAAUAAUGCAAGACAUAAAGUCUCACUUCCACUGCACAGAGCGUGGACAGCCAAAAGGGCCUUCACGAUGCUGCGUCCUAUAGCCCAAUGAUAGCUCUGAGUGCAAGACCCAGGGCCUUACUUCCGGGAGCCUUGAACAGCCCAGAGGGCCUCCAAGAUGCUGGGACCUAUAGCUCAGCGAGGCCCCGGGAGCUCGACAGAGGAACGAGAGUCGCCCAGGAAGGAACACACCAGGCUCGCUGAACUGCAGGCUGGGUCCAGCUCCCCGUGAGCUGUGCGUGACACGGCCACAGAGCUGUCGCAGGCUUCCGGGUCCCCGCAGGCCUCCGCCGACCCCAGUGCAGUUCGCUGUGGACACCGCCGCACAGAAACCACAACAGGGGCCGCGGCUUUAGCUCAGUGGUGCCGCCGCCUGCUUUCACAAGCGCACAAGGGGCCGAGUUCGAUCCCUGGUACAGAAAAACAACGCAAGGCAUAAACCCUAAGGACCAGGUGCCAUGGACCAGCCCAACCUCACCCAGGUCUCGGAGUUCCUGCUUCUCGGCCUCUCUCAGGACCCCGGGCAGCAGCGGCUCCUGUUCGUCCUCUUCCUGAGCAUGUACCUGGUCACGGGGCUGGGGAACCUGCUCAUCGUCCUGGCCAUCGCUGCCGACCCCCGGCUCCACACCCCCAUGUACUUCUUCCUGGCCAACCUGGCCUUCGUGGACGUGUGUUUCACCUCCACCACGGUCCCCAAGAUGCUGUCCAACCACGUGUCGGGACGCCGCAGCAUCCCCUACGCCGGCUGCCUCGCCCAGAUGUUCUUCUUCAUCUGGUUCGCCGGCAUCGACAGCUUCCUGCUGACCACCAUGGCCUACGACCGCUACGCGGCCAUCUGCCACCCGCUGCGCUACUCCGCGGCCGUCACGCCCCAGCUGUGCGGCCUGCUUGUGGCCGCGUCCUGGGCCGCCGCCUUCGGCAACGCCCUGACCCACACCGCGCUGCUCGCCCGCCUGUCCUUCUGCGCCCACAACAGGGUCCCCCACUUCUUCUGCGACCUCAGCCCCCUGCUGAAGCUGGCCUGCUCGGACACCUCCCUCAACAGCGCUCUGGUCUACACCGUGGGUGCCCUGCCCAUCAUCGUGCCCUUCGUGGGGAUCCUGGUCUCCUACACGCACAUCUUUGCUGCCGUGCUGAGGAUCCCGUCGGCGGGAGGCAAGCGCAAGGCCGUGUCCACCUGCGGCUCCCACCUGGCCGUGGUGUCCCUGUUCUACGGGACCCUCAUCGGGGUGUACUUCAGCCCCGCGUCGCCCCACACGGUCCAGCAGGACACAGCGGCGGCGGUGAUGUACACUGUGGUCACCCCCAUACUGAAUCCCUUCAUCUACAGCCUGCGCAACAGCGACAUGAAGGGCGCCCUGGGGGCCCUGGUCCGCGGGAAGCUGGUGGCCGGGAAGUGACCUCAGGCCGGAGGUCCAGGGUCCCCACAGAGCAUCCGCCUGUCGGGAAGCUCCUGUCUCGCAUCUUUCCGUUUGCUUGGCUUUGUUCUGCCAGCGCUGCUUCAGGAGCUCUCUUCUCACCUCGGCCCGCAGGCCGCCCAAGACCUGGCCUCAGUGGGAGGUGAGCGGCAGACAAGGAGCGAAGCCUUCUCUAACUCCAGCCACCCUGUCCUGGCCUGACCUCUGCAGCCUCAGAUCUGCAGCCCUAGCAGCACAGCACGCGAGACAGCCGGGGUGCACACAGCAUGCCACCAUCCCCAGACCACCAGCGCCCAACCCCUGGUCUGUGCAAAAGUUGUCUGCCACAAAACCAGCCCCUAGAGCCCAAAAGGUCGGGGACGGCUGAUUCCAAUGUCUUGCAGGGGCUGGGGACACAGGAAGGAACAGUUACUGCGCCUGGCCUUGCGAAGCUGACACUGCAGCCUGAAGAAUGCGCAUGGUGUCGAAAGGGGUGGGAACCACAGGAUGCAAGGCCUGGCGUGGGCUGAGGUUCGAGGUUGGCUGCUAGAACAAAGAGACUCAAAACACAAAAGUCACAAGCUUUGCCCAGAAGUAGUGAUGCACACCUUUGAACUCAGCACUCUGGGAAGCUGAGGCAGGAGGAUCAUAAGUUUAAGCCCAGCCUGGACAAGCCAAUUAGCAAGACCCUCUCUCUCAAAAUUUAAAAAGAUAUAAAGGGCUGUGGAUGGAGUUCAAGGUAAAGGCUGUGGCUUCAAGUCCCAAGACUGCCAAAAAUAAAAGUCAUAAGCUUCUCCAGCCAGAAUUCUGACACCCCUUCAUGUCUCAGCAU